GGUUUACGGUGUUGGACGGGUGUGGAUUCCCCAACUUAUCCGAGGAUGCGAGGGUCAAAAUUUCAUUACUCAUGAAGAACCUCCCAAGUCGGAUCUGUCACCCUGCUUCGACCGCAGGUUCAUCGAGUAACAGUGUCGAUUCAAAGUGAUAGUCAAUGACACAGAAUAUCAUUCACCUUCCUCUCGAGCGCUGCUCAAAGAAGGCUGAUGAGUCUUCCAUCCGAUCAUACUCGUCAAAAUCGUCUUCGAUAGCAUCGUCUCUGGGGUCUGUCAGCCAGGCAGUUGAGCAGAGUGUGGAUAUGCUUACCCGUCCUUUGAAGAGAGUGAAGCUGACUGUCUUGCGCUCGAAAAAGACAUUUCCAUCACUGCCAUCAUCCCCCAAACCAUCAGUAAUCGAUGUUGAUACCAUUGACACAGCGACAAAGUCUGUCAACGAAGAAGACUUAGAUGCCGCACUUCAAUUGGCGGGUCGGUGUCCACCCGUACCGUGCGGGUACGGUGUUUGCGGGUACGGGUGCGGUGUGGCUUCAGCGACCCGCGGGUUCACCCGUGCUCAACCCUACCAAGCCGUGAUUGCGAUCCAGUUUAAUGUUAAAUGGAGUGACUCUCCUGCACUCAGAUGGUAGCACCAUCAGUUUCAGAUGAAGCUUUAGCGAUAACUGAGACGCUGAGGGAUUGGGGGAACUUUUUUUCCCCACGAUAGUGCUGUUAGAUCGUGGCAAGGGACGCCGCGCUUACAUUUGUAGUACCAGUUGUGUACCGUGUCUCGCGACUUUCAAUUUACGUCGUGAUCGGACAAUCAUGACGUCGCCGUGUCGGCCCGCAUCAGUCCCACUUACUACGUGGUGUUACUGUAGAGUUUUUCAAAGGGUUACCGACCAGCGUUUGGGUGCCUGAACGUUUG